AUGGCCCUGGUGCCCGCACAGCAUCAAAUUCGAAGGGAAGUACAGGCUGUUUAUGAGAGCAAUGUCACCACAAUCUUCUUUGUAGGGUUCCAUGAUGUAAACACAUUUAAUCUUCUGCUCUUCACACUAUUUCUUAUACUAUACAUUGUGACAAUCUGUGGAAACCUACUAAUCAUCAAGCUGGUAACCUACAGCAAGGCCCUCCAGUCUCCCAUGUACUUCUUCCUCACUCAACUCUCUGUAACGGAUUUAAUUUUGACCACAGACAUUGCACCUAAUAUGCUAAAUAUUGUGCUAAAUGAACAACCCACCAUAUCUCUUUCUGGCUGCAUCACUCAGUAUUAUUUUUUUGCUUUAGCGGUGACAUCUGAAUGUUUCCUUCUGACAGUGAUGGCCUAUGACCGCUAUCUAGCCAUCUGCUCUCCUCUGCAUUACGCAUCUAUUAUGAACCAAUCACUUUGCAUCAAAUUAAUUUUAGCAUCUUGGAUUUCGAGUUGCUCUGUAGCCCUCGUUUUAACACUUGGCUUAAGUCAACUACAAUUCUGUGGCCCUAACGCCAUUGAUGGCUUUUUCUGUGAUUUCAAUCCAUUGAUGGAACUUUCUUGUUCAGAUGUCUCCAUUGUUCAGUUGGAAGGUACCUUGUUGUCCAUUCCUGUAAUAAUCGUACCGUUCUUUGUGAUAGUCAUUUCUUAUAUAUUCAUUGUUAUCACCAUAUCAAAGAUAUCAUCCUUUUCAGGGAGAUGGAAAUCUUUUUCAACUUGCAGCUCCCACCUAACAAUUGUGUCCAUGUAUUAUGGAACUUUAAUUAUCAUGUAUGUGAUUCCUAAUGAAGAACAAAUAAUCACUAAGACACUGGCUCUGUUGUACACCGUGCUUAUACCCUGUUUAAAUCCUUUUAUUUAUAGCUUGAGAAAUAAAGAUAUUAAGGAAGCUUUUAGACGUGGGCAGAUAGACAUUGCCAGCGAGACCGUCUUCAAGUUGGCCGCACUCAUCCUGCAGGAGGCUCGAGGAGACUACAGCAGUGAUGAAAAUGUACGUAAAGAUCUGAAGGUUUUGCCAGCUCUUCCCACCAGAACGCUGCAGGAACACCCCUCACUUACCUACUGUGAAGAUCGAGUGAUUGAACAUUUAAAAAAACUGAAAGGAGUCACCAGAGGACAGGCAAUAGUCCGUGUGGCGGUAUCAAGACUGCGAGAUCAUAACCUGGAAAAUCUUUUUAUCUGCUUAUGUGACCCCUUUUUAAUUAAAGCGGUCCAUUAUUUGCGGUAA